UAGAUAGUGCCAUAUCAGUGGACAAUAGUCGAAUUAAAAAUAAAUGAGAAAAUUGUUUGUUGACAAGAAAUCAUUCUGUAAUUUAGAAAUAUAUAUAUAGCUUCUGAAACUAAAUAAAUUUUGCAGUGACUAAUGAUUAAUGUAGAAUUUGUGAAUGGGAAUGUUUAGGUAUUCUUCGAAGAAUAUCGUAAAAUGGACGACUACUCCUCUAACGUAUCGCAAACGAGAUUGGAAAGCAAACGAUUGCGAUGCUCCUACUCGUUAGAUGGGUCCUCAAAAGACAAUUAUAUUGUAUGCCAACCAAAUGAGUUCUGCUCCUCAACGUGGUAUCAAACGAAGAAGCCUUUUGAAACAAUCGUAACGCGCAGAGAUUGCUUUACUCCCCCAGCUGGUACGGAAGAUACAGCCUGUGAACAAAGCGAAUGCAAAUCACUCAUAAUUAACUGGAAUGAUACAAAUAUCGCUUGUACCAGAGGUCCAGGAGCAAUAUGUUGCUGUAACGAAGACCUCUGUAACAUUGAUGUUCCAGGCUAUGAUCAAGGCGAAGGAUGUUAUAAUUCAAUGUCAACAACAACUAUAACAACAAAGAAUGAUACAAUAUUUAUUUCUACGACUUCGCCAUUGUAUACUAUCAUCGCUUUAUUUAUUGCAAUAUGUAUUAUAAUCACCGUAACCGCAUUUCUGAUUAAAAGAAUUCGGCAACGAACAAGACCACCACAGAGUACAUGUACUCAAAAACAAGAAUAUAGCAUGAGAAGUUCAACGGUGUCUACGAAUACACAGCCAGAUGAAAUACUGACACAGGUCGUCCAUUGCAUAGCCGGAGACGACAUGGAUACAACCGCAGAAGAAAAUGAGAUUAUCCCACCACCAUGAGUAGUGAGUACAUCGUGAAAGAUGCUGAGCGAUUGCCUCUUCCAAGACGAUUAUUUAUACCAAUGCAAAAACGUUGACCCGUGAUCAAAUUGUUCUGGUACAAAACAUCAUCUUUUAAAUAUUUUUCCUUUCUCAAUACUAUUGAUUCAAAGCUACCGAUUUCGAAAACAUGUUGGUCUAUCGUGCUUUUGAAGCCAUAUCGAAGAUGACAAAGCUUCUUUAUUUCCAUCUGAUAGAACCACCAUUUUUGUGCUAUCUGAUCUAUGUAAAGGCUCAAAUUUUUUUCAUUUUGUAAUGCUGUCCCUUGACACAUAUUUUUCCUUAAUUUUUGAUUGUGUUUUAUAUUGGAGCAUACACUUCUCACAUAUUGCAUUUUACUACAACAAUUUGUUAUUGUAUUUUUUUGCUUGGUGUACGGAAAACAUUUCAGUUUCAGUGAAAAACAGAAUAUUCUCAUACCAUUUGCAAGGUACUGAAGAAGACUAGGUUCUCGCCUCACAACUAGGGCCGGGCAUUUCGCAUGAAUAGUGAAUUAUUCGAACCGGUUCAGACGAAAAUUUCGAAUCGCCGUUUUUUUUCUGUCUGCCAAAGGUCGAUGUGAAUUCUAUCAAUUUUUGUGUUGAUGAGACUCAUUACAAUUGAAAAAGUCACACACAAUCACAUAUUUCAUAGUAUUCGAGAUUCGAUUCGAAUCUGAAAUGAUUAGGCCCUAAUCACAACUCGAUGCUGAUGGGACACAGAGCACUCAUUAUGUGAGCAUAAAUCAGAGUAUAUAUAAGGCCGAAGCUCUAAAGAGCGGUAUUGAACAGUACUUUCUUGAACAGAUUAUUUGAAGCAUAGGUGGGUAGAUCUGAGAUGGAGUUAUGUUCUGGGUCAGAAUAUUUAUCGCAAUGUGUUUAAAAUGAGUACACUUUGUCGGAUUCAUAGCGAAACUAGUGUUUCGCAAAAUAUAGAGUUUCCUCGCAAAAUAAUAUACAGCACAUUGGACACAGAGUGAAUAAUGUCAAAAUGUCGCGACUU